GUGAUUUCGUCGCGAGUUGUAAUCUCAAUUGUAAUCAAUAUAACAAAUCCUCACAGAAAGGAGAACACGUAUUGAAUAAUUCUAAACAUAAUCUGAUAUUAAAAGUGCUGAAUUGUGAUUUAUAUAACGCGCAAACGUGAAAAUGUUUUACCAAAAUUAUGUACGCAAUUUCGCCAAACCGAUUAGAAUUUUGCUAAAAAAUAACGGUUUAGGCGCCAGUUUCAGUAACUACAGGACUAUAGUGCCGUUAUCAACUACUAAACUGGCGUUAAAGGAUGAAAAAGUAAAAGUUACCUUCGUACUCCAUGAUGGCACACGUUUAGAAACAGAAGGGAAAGUCGGGGACUCAUUGCUCGAUGUGGUUGUGAACAAUGACCUCAACAUUGAGGGCUACGGUGCAUGUGAGGGAACCCUUACUUGCUCCACUUGCCAUGUUAUAGUGAGCGAAAAGGACUAUGAGAGGCUACCAGAUGAGCCAUGUGAUGAGGAAAGAGACAUGCUAGACUUAGCCUAUGGUCUCACUGACACAUCACGUCUCGGAUGCCAGAUUACAUUGUCAAAAAAGUUAGAAGGCCUGGAAGUCAGGAUUCCAGAGACCAUUAACGACGUACGCAGUUGAUCAGUUUGAAGAGACCUUUAUAUGAAAUUUAGGAAAUCAUAACAUGAGACCCAUGAACAUCCUGUUGCUGGGCAUAGGUCCCCAAGCUAUUUGGGGGACUUAUUUUGAAGAUUAUAAAUGACCACACUUUCCCGCUUAAAGGCCUGUUAGGCGUUUUUUCAAUUUAGGUGCUGUUGCGUAAUAGCAAGUGGGAGUUAACCUAAACUGUUUUUAGCAUUGACUUACAAUUAUAUGGACGUCGGGUCCGCGCUAAAAAGUGUCCGCACUUGUAAGGCGCUAAAAUCGUAUACAGAGCGCCAAACUCCGCUUUAGUCUUCAUUUGUUCUACGGAC